CAGAUUUUUGAAAUUGCACUUUAACGUAAACGAUAAUAAUUUCAUAUAAUUGAUCUAAGUUAAUUUGAAAUUCAAUCAAAAAAAUAAAAUUUAUUAAUGAAUUUAAAUAGAAAAAUAAAUAAAGUUUUUAAUGAAGCUUAAAAUGGAUGACUUUCAAAAAAUUGAAAAGAUUGGUGAGGGGACAUAUGGAGUAGUUUAUAAAGGGAGAAACAAGGUAACAGGACAAAUCGUAGCCAUGAAAAAGAUUCGUCUUGAAUCCGAAGAUGAGGGAAUACCUUCUACCGCAAUAAGAGAAAUAUCCCUCCUAAGAGAACUCAAACAUCCAAACAUUGUUACACUUGAAGAUGUGAUAAUGGAGGAAAAUCGUCUAUAUCUUAUAUUUGAAUUUUUAUCAAUGGAUUUAAAAAAAUAUAUGGAUUCGCUUCCGUCUGACAAAGUGAUGGAUCCAGAGUUGGUGCGAAGUUAUGUGUAUCAAAUAACAAAUGCAAUACUAUUUUGUCAUCGCCGUAGAGUUCUGCAUAGAGAUUUGAAACCGCAAAAUUUAUUAAUAAAUAAAGAUGGUGUUAUAAAAGUCGCUGAUUUUGGUUUAGGUCGUUCAUUUGGUAUUCCAGUAAGAAUAUAUACACAUGAAAUUGUAACACUUUGGUACCGCGCCCCAGAAAUUUUAUUAGGAUCCCAACGUUAUUCUUGUCCUGUUGAUAUAUGGUCAAUUGGAUGCAUUUUCGCUGAAAUGGCAACUAGAAAACCAUUAUUUCAAGGUGAUUCAGAAAUCGACCAGCUUUUUAGAAUGUUCAGAAUCCUCCGUACACCGACAGAAGAGAUUUGGCCUGGUGUAACAGGACUUCCAGAUUUUAAAGCAACGUUUCCUUGCUGGACACAAAAUCAAUUAACAAAUCAAGUAGAUCAUUUAGAUGAAAAUGGACUUGACCUUUUACAAAAAAUGCUAACAUAUGAUCCAGUUCAUCGCAUAUCUGCCAAGCGGGUUUUAGAUCAUCCAUACUUCGAUGGUUUUGAUAAGAAACUGAUUCCAACAGAAUAAAGGCUAAAUUGAUAUAACAUUUUUUUUUUUGUUUAGCACCUUUAUAGCAUUUUAUCUCUAAUUUAAAUUAAUCCUACAAUAUACUUUAUGAAAUGAAUGAUUUUUUUUUAAAAGGAAAGUUUUUAGUUUCACGAAUGAAUAUUAGUCAAAACAGAA